AUGGCCCCGGCUAGUCGAAGGUCAGCGGCUAAACCAGCGGGCCCAGCACCGCCAACACGAACCCUCAUCAUUGACAAUGGCGCCUACACGUUGAAAGCCGGCUUCUCCUCCCCAUCGUCCUCAUCCUCUGCUACCAGCACCGAACCCCACAGCUCGGACUCUCCACCAGAUGUUGAAUCGAAGCCUUCCAUAAUUCCCAACUGCCUGGCUCGCGACCGUGAGAAGACGGUCUAUAUUGGCUCGCAGCUCUCGAAAUGUAGAGACUUUGGAGAGAUUGUCUUCCGCCGCCCUGUCGACAAAGGAUAUCUGGUGAACUGGGAGGCAGAGAAGGAGAUCUGGGAGCAUGAGUUCUUCGACAAAAAGGCGCCACUUCACUGUGAUCCUACAGAAACUGGAUUGAUCCUGACCGAAGCGCCAAACGCCCUGCCGCAGCUACAGACCAAUUGCGAUCAGAUGGUGUUUGAAGAGUUUGGUUUUGCGAGCUAUUAUCGGUGUACUGCACCUACGUUGAACGCCUAUAAUGACAUCCAAACUAUGUUCCCGAUUCCUAUUCCAACCCGCAAUAUGGCCAAGCCGCAGCUCCCGGCCGAGAUCCUUCUCCUCAUCGACUCUGGCUACUCGCACACUACCAUAACCCCCCUUCUCGAGGGUCGUCCAAUUCAAUCCGCUGUCCGUCGACUUGACGUGGGGGGCAAGCUCCUAACGAAUUAUCUGACCCGACUACUUUCGCUCCGCCAGUAUGACAUGAGGAACGAUACAUAUCUAGUUAAUGAGGUUAAGGAAGCAUGCUGCUAUGUCUCUAGAGAUCUCAAAGCAGAUAUGGAACGGACCUGGAAGGGUCCUAAGGGUGAUCGUAGGGAAAUAUAUGCGACGGGUGGAGGAAUAGCGAAGGACUACAUCCUACCCGACUACCAUAAUCGUUCCAAGGGCUACGUGCGUGAUCAUGAGCCAGCGGCUGCCGGAAAAUUGAAAAAUUUGACAACUGGAAAAUCAGCCGAGGCGGCAGAGGAUAUUUUGACGCUGCGGAACGAGAGGUUUACUGUCCCGGAAAUCCUAUUCAACCCUACUGAUAUCGGAAUGAAGCAAUCUGGGAUACCCCGACUGGUGAUGGAGAGUUUGUCAUGUAUCCCCUUCGGACUCUGGCCUGGAUUCCUAGCUAACAUCCUUGUUGUGGGAGGAAAUGCAAAUAUUGAAGGAUUUAUGUUUCGACUUGAGAUGGAGAUCAGAGCAUUGGCGCCCGCUGAAUGCAUUGUUAGAGUUGGCAAGCCAGCAGACCCGAUUAUCAGCACUUGGCAAGGUGGUGCAGCAUUAGCUAAGGAUGCCAAUGCUCUUAGCAAACUAUCAGUCACGAAGCAGGAGUAUGAAGAGCACGGAGCUGCAUGGGUAGCUAGGAAGUUUGAUGGGCGGACUCUAGAAUUGCCUACGACGUUAUGUUCUAAAUACCGCUGGACUCUCGAGGUGUUGGCCUACGGUGAUAUAGGUGCAGCUUCUCGAGCAAUUGGACCAGGGUGUCCGUACUGUCCGAGACUCCAUGAAUCUGUAUUUCGUAUGAUUAACCAGCGAGUAUUUCGCGAUUACGCUUGGCCACCUUGGGCAGUCAACGACGCCUGGACCGUCGGAAGUGUUAUAACCGACAAACAUUAA